GUCAUUGUUGAAGGCAGUGGGUCGUCAGGAAACCAAGGAGACAUUGCCAUUGACGACGUGUCACUUGUAGAUGGUGCUUGUACAUCUGUUGGAGCUAAUAAUUCUGUCAACUCUCUGGCCUGUGAUUUUGAGCUAGAGGACAUCUGUGGUUAUACUAACGCUCAGGAGAAUUAUAUGAACUGGAGCAGAAAUGUCGGUUUUGGAAUUGCGGGCGUAUCGCUUGAUCAUACAACAAGGACAGCUGGAGGAGCUUUCAUGGCAAUAAGUGGAUAUGUCAAUUGGCACGGAGCAUUGAGAUCCAUAAAAGUCACAGCUCAGGGCUUGUACUGUCUGUCAUUCUUUUAUCGUCAACAUGGUGCAAUGGUAGGAAUGCUGUCAGUCUCACUGGUGGAUACUAUUGAAAAUUCCAUCACUCAGUUGUGGAUGGUGGAAGUAAAUAUUCCACUGGAUCAGUGGGACAAAGCUCAGAUUUCUCUCAAUAUAUCCAGCGUCGUACAGGUGUCCUUUGAUGCUAUAAUGUCUGGAGAAGCAGGCAGCCUGUCUAUUGAUGAUAUCAGCAUCACAAAUGGUUCUUGUGAAACACCACGUAAGUUAUUUAGUGAACUGCAGCUUUGA